AUAUCAACGCGUGCAAGCUCACUUCCCUGAGUUCUCACUCUCAGGUAGCUUCAACUUCACUUGCAUGAGAGAAGAAAACAAAAUAUGGAAACUAGGAUCCAUCCCAUGAAUUUUGAAGUCAAGGAGAUUGCGCUGCUCCUUCAGCAGAAAGUAGCCGGCUACGGAUUCCGUCCAACCGAGGAGGAACUAAUCAAUUACUUGAAGUCGUCAGUACCCGGAUGGAGAGAAAGUUUCUGCAUUAUUCCGACACUAGAAAACGUCUAUAGGAUUGAUCCAUGGGAUUUACCCGCCAAGUUCAACGAGAAUUCCAUCGUUCCGUCCAGUGAUCAAGAAUGGUGGUUCAUUUGUCCACAGGCGCAGAACCAACGGAAUAUCAGGAAAACACCAUGUGGUUUUUCUUGGAAUAUCACCGGUAAACCUAGAGAUAUUACGGCUAAAAAUGACAUCGACAAGAUCGGUUCCAAGAGAACAUUAGUCUUCCAAGAUGGCGUCCCGACCAACUGGGUCAUCCAUGAAUAUCAUUUACCCGACCAUCAUUUCAACAGCAAUUAUGUUCUGUGUCAUUUGAAGCGUAGACGAAAUGAGGAGGCUGAUAACCUGGCAUAUUUGGAAUCAUAUCUUCAUCAACCUGAUCAUGAGGACUCUUUUGCUGAGUAUUUGAUCCAAGAAACGAUGAAUUCCCUGAUUGAGAAUGAGAGUCCACCAGUUAUGGACUUCACAUUGGACAACGGUCUUUAUGAUGAAUAUAUUCAAUUGGCGUCAGAAACAAGUGAAGAGGAUGAAGAUGUUGAUUACAUGCUAAAUAGAGAUUUUGUUGAUGUCGGCUUCUUCGAUGGAGACGCAAUGGAAACACAGUCACUGCAGCAUGGCCAAGGAUCUAACUUGCACAAUGAGAGUCCUGCUCUAAUGAGGAAUCGGCGAACACGAACAAUCGACUCACUCCACGGGGUCGUUCCUCUUGAGGAAAAGAAAGGGAUGGUGGAGAAUAAGUUCAACGGCUCACUUAUUGCCCCUGAGAAACCUGCGGCACCUCCAGUACGCGCCGCAAGCGUAAAAUACCGUGGCAAAGAUGAAGUGCCACAGUUCGAAAAGGCAAAGCAGGAAACUGGAGCUAAAAGUAUCAAACCAGAAUACACAUAUUGGGAUGAAAGAGAAGCCAGAGCAAAGAAUGGCCAAAUAUCUACAAUGGAGAAUCGCCAAACACGGACAAAUGGGUCAGUUUAUGGUGCUGUUCCUCUUGAGCAAAAGAGAGGUGUCAUACAGAGUAAAUUCAACCGCUCACAUGUUUCCUCUGCCAAACCUAUGGAGCUUCCGGAAAAGCCCAAGACUCCCAAAAUUUCUGAGCCUCAAAGAUUUUAUAUCAAUGAAGAAAUGAGGCGCGAAGGGGUUAAGAAGCAGGAAAUUGCAUUGAGUAAUAUUAAAACAGAAUGUGUAUCUUGGGAUGAAGCUGUAGCAACAGCGAAGGUACUAAAUUACAGAGAGCACUGUUCAUCCAGUAAUUCACCGAGGAAGAAAACAAGCAGGAAGACUGAACAAGCCAGAGAGAAAGCAAAUUCAGUGACUGCACGGACUAGACCAACCACCACAAAUCCUCCACAGCCUAAUCCUUUGAAUCUGAUCGUUGGGAUUAUCCUGUUGUUCGCCUUAAUAUAUGAUUUUGUAAUUGCCUAAGAGAAGUGCAGCUUCAUCAACAACUGUAAACAAGGAUUUUGCAUGCUAAUGCUUUGAGCUUCGUUUUUGCUUUAAAGGAGUGCGACUGCUCUGUAAUUUGCUUUCUUCGUUCUCUGCCGUGUAUAAUGCGGAGAAUCAACAAGUUGCCACGGUGAUGUCUUCUUUAAAAGUUAACUUGCGGUCCAUCAA